AAUGGCCAGAUCCAGCAUUAAAAGAUUCAAGUACUCCAAAGGACACCUAAGCCCGGUCUCCAGAAAGACAUCAUGUUAUUCCAGUGUCAAUUUUGGCCACGGAAACUACUCCCGCUAUAUCAACUGGGUCCUGAAGGAAGUCGUUCCAGAUAGCCACAUAGCAUCCCGCACCCUGUACAUCAUGAACAUGCUCAUCAACGACCUGUUCGAACGCAUUGCGACGGAAGCCCGCCACCUGAUGCAUUCCAGGAAUCGCUGCACUCUCACCCCACAAGAUAUCCAGAAGGCUGUGUAUCUGCUCCUGCCCAGAAAGCUGGCCAAAUACGCGGUGACUUUUGGAAGUGAAGCAGUCCAUAGAUUUGUCUGCUCCUAGCUACAGCCUGAU